GAGGAAUGAAUUCAGCGGGAAGAAGAGAUGAAAUAUUAUAGUGUCAUAUUUGCUGAAGGCUUAUAAAAUAAUACAUCCACGUACUUAUAUUAUUGAUUUCAACCUUGUAAAAAGAACAUUCAAGGACAGUCAUUUGUCAGGAAACUGGACGUUUUGCUUAGGCCUUAUCUGUGCCGUUACCUGAUGAUGGUUAGCUUCAGAAGCUAGUUAGCUUCAGACGCUACAGUAGUUAGCUUUAGACGCUAGUUGGCUUCAGAUGCUACAGUAGUUAGCUUCAGACGCUAGUUAGCUUCAGACGCUACAGUAGUUAGCUUUAGACGCUAGUUAGCUUCAGACGCUACAGUAGUUAGCUUUAGACGCUAGUUAGCUUCAGAAGCUAGUUAGCUUUGUGUGCACGUACUGUAUAGCUUGCUUGUAAGAGGCUUAUUAGUGCUGCAGAUAGUGUCUCUUCAAGCAGUAAAUACUGAGAGUAAACUCUGGGGUCAACAAGCUCCAACACAGUUACUGUACUGUUUGGUCAAUGAAAAACCUACAACCUUCAGACCUCUGCACCUUGACUGUUGACUCAGACAGAAGCCAUUCAGACAGACCCCAGAUGACAGCGCUGCCAGUGGUGGUGGAUGCCGGCUGUCAGCGCCAGGACAGAGGUUUCCUGCCUACUCAGAGUGAACCUCCUCCUCCUUCCACAGUCUCCUCCUACCCCAACAAAAUACAAGCAGUACUUCAGCUUGGACUUAGAAUCCAUCAGAGCGGGAUCUUUAACCGUGGCUGCCACUCGUGUUGCCCCAGCCUCACACACAAACAGUAGGACAGCAGUCAUCACACGCACACACUGAUGAACAUAUGGAGUACUACUGGUUUCUCCUGUUCUGGAUCUCCAGCCAGCACUUGGGAUGCCAUGAAUGCUUCAAUAUUGAUACCAAGAAACACAAGAUCAUCAAAGGCCCUAAACAAGCCCAGUUUGGAUACACGGUUCAGCAACAUGUGGCUGCUGGAGGAGAAAAGUGGUUGUUAGUGGGGGCUCCGUAUGAAAUGAACGGGCCGUACCAGACGGGAGACGUGUAUAAAUGCUCACUAAGCAAACGAGCUAACGGCAACGCUUGCUCCAAGCUCAAUCUAGGAAGGAUAUCUUUGACCAACGUGUCAGAGCGAAAGGACAAGAUGAGGCUGGGAAUGACGCUCACAUCUAACCCCAACGACAACAGCUUUGUGGCCUGUGGACCACUGUGGUCCUAUGAGUGUGGGAGCUCUUACUACAGCACAGGCAUUUGCUCCAGAGUCAAUGCAAGCUUCAAGUUCUCCAGGACGAUCGCGCCUGCUUUUCAGAGAUGUGAAACCUAUAUGGACAUAGUGAUCGUUCUCGAUGGCUCAAACUCCAUCUACCCCUGGUAUGAGGUGCAGGCUUUUCUCAUCAACAUUCUCCAGAAGUUUUACAUUGGACCAGGUCAAAUACAGGUUGGAGUUGUUCAGUAUGGGGAGAAGGUGGUCCAUGAAUUCAAUCUCAGUGACUACAAGUCAGUGGAGGAGGUGGUGAAAAGAGCACGCAGCAUCCACCAACGGGGCGGCGAGGAAACCAACACAGCUCUCGGCAUCAACGUAGCACGUUCUCAGGCUUUUAAGCAAGGAGGCCGCCGUGGAGCCAAGAAGGUGAUGAUAGUGAUAACUGACGGAGAGUCACAUGACAGCCCAGAUCUCCAGCAGGCCAUUGAGGACAGCGAGAAGGAUGGCAUCACUCGUUACGCUAUUGCUGUCCUCGGCUACUACAACCGCAGAGGAAUUAACCCAGAGGCCUUCCUCAAUGAAAUCAAGUACAUCGCCAGUGACCCAGAUGACAAACACUUCUUUAAUGUGACAGACGAGUCGGCGCUGAAGGAUAUUGUGGAUGCUCUUGGGGAACGCAUCUUCAGUUUAGAAGGAACCAGUAAGAACGGGACUGCCUUUGGCCUCCAGAUGUCUCAGGCUGGUUUUUCCGUUCACAAUGUUGAGGAUGGCAUUCUUGUGGGUGCUGUUGGAGCUUAUGAUUGGAAUGGGGCAGUGCUGAAGGAAACCCGGCAGGGGAAGGUGGUGCCUCCUAAGUCGUCCUACACAGAAGAGUUCCCAGAGGAGCUGAAAAACCACGGUGCCUACUUGGGUUAUACUGUGACGUCUGUGGUGUCAGCCAAACACGGCCGUCUACUAGUGGCCGGAGCUCCACGAUUCAACCACACUGGCAAAGUCAUCAUCUUCACGCUGAAGAACUCAGGGAACCUCACCAUCUUGCAUUCCCUCAAAGGCCAGCAGAUUGGCUCCUAUUAUGGAAGUGAGAUUGCACCUGUGGAUCUGGAUGAAGAUGGAAUAACUGACAACCUCUUGGUGGCAGCACCGAUGUUUUUCAGUGGAGGCUUGGAGAAGGGAAAGGUCUACAUCUACAGGGUGACAGAGCAGAAUCGCUUUGUCCCUGAAGGCUCGCUGGAAAUCCAUAACGGCGUCCAGAACGCUCGCUUUGGCUCUGCGCUCGCUCCAGUCCCUGACCUGAAUGGUGAUGCCUUUAAUGACUUGGUGGUGGGAGCUCCCCUGGAAGACGACCACAAAGGAGCUAUUUACAUUUUCUUCAGCCAGCACAACAGAAUAUUGCGCAAAUACAAGCAGAGGAUAGCAGCUGUAGAUCUGGCUCCUGGCUUGCAGUACUUUGGCCGCAGCAUCCAUGGCAUCAUGGACAUGAAUGAUGAUGGUUUGGUGGACCUGGCAGUGGGUUCCCUUGGUGCUGCUGUUCUCCUUUGGUCACGGAGUGUUGUCCGGAUCUAUACCGCUGUCCGGUUUGAGCCCAGUAAAAUCAACAUCUUUGUGAAGGACUGUCAGAGAGGUGGCAAAGACGUGACCUGCAUGUCAGCUAUUGUAUGUUUCAACAUCACGGCUAGGACGGCCAUUCCCAGCACACAGGAAACAGGCAUCAAAUAUAAUGUUUCCUUCGAGGAGAGACGUUUCAAUCCACGGGUCAUCCUGGACAACCCAAACAAGCUGCAGACCCAGAACCUCACCCUGUUUCCUGGAGAGGAGACCUGCGAACACUUCUAUUUCCACGUUAUGGAGACCACAGAUUAUGCAAGGCCGAUAGUAUUUUCUGUAGAAGUCGGGCUACAGGAUCCAAGCCAGGGACCUGUUCUGGACGACAGCUGGCCUACUGUUGUGAGGACUGAGCUGCCGUUCUGGAACGGGUGCGACGAGGACGAUCGCUGCAUUCCAGACCUCGCACUGCAGGCGAUGACAGACCUGAUGACUCAAAAUCACUUUUGUGCACAGCCUGUGCAGUCUUCUGGUGUUUUCUGCCGCCAUCAAAGUGAACAAGGGGCAGCAGAAUCUCUGCGGGUGCUCGAGGCGAACAGGAGGCGGAUGGUGGUGGACGUCCGCCUGGAGAACAAAGGAGAGAAUGCCUACAAUGCUCGCCUCAACAUUAGCUACACGCCAAACCUGCGCUUCUCCAGCCUUAUAGUGAAGGACAACUCUGACGUCAAGAUCGAGUGUUACAUCAGAGACAAAGGCAGAAAUGAGAAACUGUGUAACGUCAGCGCUCCGUUCAUGAGAGCGAAGAGUCAGGUUUUAUUCCGUCUUGAGUUCGAGUUCAGUCGCACGGUCUUCCUGGAGCACGUGAGGAUCGUCCUGGAAGCCAGCAGUGAUGGCGAAGAUCGGAGCACAGCGGACAAUUUCAAGGAUAUCUAUUACUCACUGAAGUAUGAGGCGGACCUCCUCUUCACUAGGGAUUCAAAAACAACCCAGUAUGAGAUCAAACCAGAGCUGUCGCUGGAGGAGCCUGGAAUUAUUGGUCCUCCUUUCAAUUUCACUUUCCAGAUGCAGAACCUCGGCUAUUUCCCAGUAAAAGAUCUGCAGCUCAACAUUGAUGUCCCAGAAAUGACAAAAAAUGGGAACCAGCUCCUUCAGAUAUCUGACUUCUAUAUUGACCAGAGGGACGGUUCCCACUGUUUACCAAUUCAGCACAUUGCACAGAGCCGCGCGUCGCCUGAGGACCUUUCACGCUUCUCCCGCUUAAACCGAUCCAACACCCUGUCUCUGCCCAUCCAGUGCUCCAUCAACGUGGCCUCACACCGGGAAACUGCAGUGAGGAUCGCAGGAACCCUGCGGAUAGACACGCUGCACGCACUGAAGUUCAAAGUCCUGGAACUGGUAACCAGUGCAUCGGUGGAGCUCCCCACCUCCAGCCCCAUGUUUUUACAUGAAGAGAGGCCUGUCAGACAUAUAAUACUAGAGAUCAGAAAAGGGAGCGAUUACAGAGUCCCCACCUGGAUAAUCAUCGGUAGCAUGCUAGGAGGGCUCCUAUUAUUAGCCCUGCUCAGUCUCGCUCUGUGGAAGCUCGGCUUCUUCCGGAGGCAGCAGCGGAGAGACGAGGACGAGCAGAAGGCCAACGGGACGGCGGCCGAGGAGCGGUAACGCAGGCUACGGGCCCCCAGCACACGGCCUCUCCACAGGGGACCCAACACUCAGGGACCGACCCGCCUCCCCCUGCUCCUCCCGCCACGGUGGGACCGCAUGGACAGCUGUGCAUGAUCGCUCAAGCAAGGUUUGGUGCACUGGAUCUGUCCCAGGCCACGAGGCCGGGCCCUGAAGACCCAGCACUGUCACACACGUUUCACUCCUGCACUGUUACGGCACCAGAGGCUCUGUACGCGCUCCACUGGUGCCGACCCGUCGCACAUCGGAGCGCUCCUGGCUUCAGGCAGGAACUCUGGUGCUUUCUCUGGCUGUUUGAAAGGAAGAACAGGACAAGCUUCGAUCAAUGUGUCACAGGAAGUUCAUGCAGUUUGCCUCUAAGUUAAAUCCGUCUCUUCCCACUGUAUUUAUUUUACUCUUUGUAUUUUUAUACAGUUCAUUAAAAACCUCGAGGGCGUUCCUCCGCUCAAAAGCUACCGCAGUUGCAUUUCUAAUACUGUGUAUUCAGUUUGUUGUUUAAAAGAUUUUAUGCAACACAUUCAUCUGACUUGCAGAAUAAUUUAUGAAUAAACAAACCUAAAGUCACCAGAGAACAGAUCAGAUUCAUGGUGUUCUCGUAGAAAAACCUUCUUUUCCUUCAUUUUUAACAUUAUUCUCCUGAAACAUGCGGAGGUUUUUUAAACGUUUGAUGCACUUUUACUUUGUACAGAAUUAACUUGAAUUGUGUAAAUAGUCAAGUAGUUUUUUAUAACCUUUACAUAUUAUGAUACUUUUAGGAUUUAUGGCAUUACUUAAUUGUAACUUAAGCAGCGAGACUAAAUAAACAAGUUGACUUUGUGGUUAAACUUGUUGCCUUUUACCGUUUUCCGCCUCGGAGCAACGGCCAUGCAUCAGACACCGCUGGAAGCAUUUGGGGGAUUUUAAUUGAACUGUUGGUCCAUCGCCGCGAGGACGAGUGAAUGUGUAACGCUCACACUAUGCCAGCGCCCUCUGGGAGCUCAGAAUGAAUGUGUGUGUGUUUUAAUUUGAUAGGGUGUGAUCACCUGUACGACACAAGACAAAUUAAACUUGUUUAUGUUCUGUAAACUGUUA